AUGUUUGAUAAGUAAUCUAGAGUAAGAGAAUAUUUACACUUGAUCUUAAAUAUAGCAAUUUCCUGUCUUUUUGCAGCAUUAGAGCAGCUUUUAUGUAAUAUUUAAAGUUCAAUAAUUUGGGAUUUGGUAUUUAUUCCUAGCGGUAUCAUAUUUUCAUUAAUAUACAUAACUCGCCAUUUUCGUUGGAAUAAAGGUAUUGCAACUUGAUAAAAAUAGGUGAUUUGUCUCCUUUUUUUUUUUGGGCACUCAUUGUCAAGAGGAUUUUUCUUUAAGGAAUUAAUUAAGAAGAAUUUGUCUACUUUUUAUUUGGAUUAUUAAAUGGAAUUUAUGCAAACAAAUUAAAUGUCAAAGAUUCAAAAAAGUAUUAUAGGAAAUUUAAAACAAUUUUAUAGGUAUUUGUGAUAUUUUGUUUGAUAAUUGUUAAUUUUAUUAGAGAAACUAGAGAAUAAAAUAGUACUUUGAUAGCAAUAUUGAUUAUUAUAUCAAUUAUUUUAGGUAUAAAGGAUAACAUAGAUUUAUAAAAUAAAACUAAAAAGUAAGAAGAAUAUUAAACAGAUUUGAAGCACAACUAAUUUGAGCUUAAAAAAACUUAAACCUAAAUAAUUUAAAUAUAAUAAUAACAAUAACAAUAAUAAUAAUAAUUUCAAUAAAAAUCGAACUGGGAAUAAUAUUAAUAGCAGACUGAUGAAUGGAUUUGCAAGAUAGAUGUCAAUAAAUAAUCUUUAGCAGAAAGUUUAAAUUUAAGUGAAUAAAAUUAUGCGAUGAGAAAAUCUUUAGGUGAUUAUAAAAUAUCCAUUACAUAAUUAUUUCAAAAUUUGAUAAUAACUAGUUAAUCUACUAAUUUAUAAUAAUCAAUUAAUUUAUGGUCAGAAAUAGUUGAAACUAAUUCAUUAUUAAGUUGGUUAGAAAAAAACUUAUUUUCUGAAAGUUCAGCUGUUAAAUUAGAAUAAGCACGGUAAAAGUAAUAUAAAUGUGGUAUUGAUGGAAUUUAAGGAAUUUAAGAGGAAUAAAUAUCAAUUUUUUCUCCUUAGAAUGAAGGCAAAUAAACAUUUAAUAAAGAUCAAGUUUGUGAAUUAUCAGCACUAUCAGGUAUUUAAUAGCAUGGAGAUAUGUAGGGUUCAAAUUCUAUUUUAUCAAAUAAAACUACUUUAGGCUGUUAUUUUAUUACGAAUUAAGUAAGACUUGAAAUGAGUGUAUCAAUAUAUCUUAUGGAGGAUGAAUUUGAUAUAAAAAAAAAUAUAUUAGUUUUGAUAAUUAGAAACAUAGAUAAAGAAUCAAAAAAGUUGAAAAUACUUUUAGAAAAAAGUGAAUAAGAGAAAGUUGUAUUUUUUAAAUAUAUACAAAGAGUAGCUGGGGAUGUUGGUCAAUUAUUAUAGUAAAUUGUGCAAAUAAAAAUAUAAUUAGAUUAACGUUAAAAGUAAUAUAUCAUAAUAAAUUAAAAGAGAAUUUGAAAAGUUUAAGUAAAGUAAUUUUAUUUCAUUAUCAUUUUGCGAUGGUGAUGCAUUUAUUAAAUCUGAAGGAGAAAUGAAAUAAUCUCAACAUUUAAGUGUACCUAUGUAAUCAAUUGUUCAAAAUCCAAUGUUAAGAGUGACUUCAUCUUUAACAUAGAAUCCUGAUAAUUAGGAGGAAUAAUUAUAGAAAUUAUACACUAUUUCAUAAUCUAGUGAAUUUAUCAAAUAAAUAGAUAAAUGUUAUUAUAAUUUAUUUUUGAUAGAAUAAAAUAAUUUCAAUUUAUUUGAAUUAUUUUCAUUUAGUGAAUAUAAAGCAAAUAGAUUUAAUUUUAUUAAGAGUAUAAACACAGUGAAAGAUUUAUUUAAGUUUGAUAGUUAUAUUUAGAAAUACAAUAUUACAAUUACUUAUGAAAUGCAUUUGUAGAAUGAAAGUGAAAUGGAAUUAAUGACAGAUAAAAGGAGAGUAAAAUAGCUAUUAAUAAAUUUAAUAAAGAAUUCUAUUUAAUGCUUUGAUUAUAAUUUAUAGGAAGGCCAGCCUGAAAAAUUGACAGGAAUUUCUACUGAAUAAAAAUAAGAGAUGAAGUUUUAAGAUUAAAAAGUUUAAAAUAGUAUCAUAAUAAAGACUUAAGCAGAUUAAGAUAAGAUAAAUGUGGAGAUAAUUGAUAAUGGUGGUGGAAUUAAAAAAGAAAUGAUUAAAAAUAGAGUUUAAGAUUGUAAAUUAGGGUUGUAAGCUUGUAAAAAGAUUUUAAGGAAUCUUUCAUAUGAUCCUCAGAAACCCUUAGAGAUAUUUAAUUAUAUGAAAACUAAAGAUGGAAUAAAAGGUACUGUUAUAUAAUUUACUUUAUCUAAAUAAUUUAUGCCUACUUAUUGGAAUGAUGAAAAUUUAUUCUCUGAUACAUUGACAAUAAUCAACAAAGUUGAAUUAAAUUGA